CCAUGACGUCACGCAGUGAAGCAAACUCUCAUGUUUGCUGUAUUAUGUUACAGUCCCUUCAAAAUGUUGUGUUUUAUCGUUCUCCUUCUUUCCUUCUCCAGCUCUUCAUCAGAUAAUCCCAUCCAAGCCAAGAGAUAUACCGUCAAUCUAGAUCUUCCUCCAGAGCAAAGAUGGCUCGAUAUUGCCAAAGAAUACAAAGAACAUGGCCGUCAGAUUGUGGAUGUUUUAAAAUCUAUGUUGCCACCGAAAGUAUUCCCUCUUUUGGAGCAGUUAGCUCUGUUUGCAGACAACCAUUUUCCUGCUCCGUAUCCUGACGAAAUGAGAGGGUAUGCAAAGGGUUUUAAUAUCUCUCUUGCGGAUAUGAUUUUGUGCAAUAUCCUAUACGACUUGACAGCUUAUUGCACAAGCAUUGUUGCACAAGAUAAAGAUGGCAACGUAUACCAUGCUAGAAAUCUCGAUUAUGGACAUGCAGCUUAUCUUCGAAAGACGACAUAUAUGGUGGAUUUUCAGAGUAAAGGAAAUACUGUCUACAGUGGGACUGCAUUUAGUGGGCAAGUUGGUCUGGCAACAGCACAAAGACCUAAUGCAGUAACCAUCACAAUAGAUGAGCGUGACCAAGGAAAUUUUAUAGAGAAUCUCAUGAUGUUCAUCUUAGACAAGAAAGCCCUGCCCAGCAUGUUUGCAGUAAGGAAUGUUGUUGCUGCAGAUAACAUGGACUUCAAUCAAGCUGUGAAGUACCUUUCAGAGGUUCAUCUUGAUGCGGAUGUAUAUUAUAUAGUUGGUGGGGUAAAGGCAGGAGAAGGAGCUGUCAUCACUAGAGACAAGCUGAAGGCUGUCAAUGUUUGGAAACUUGAUGCACCACAAAGAUGGUUUUUGGUCGAGACAAACUAUGAUCACUGGACCACUCCACCGACCAGUGACGACAGACGAGAUCCAGCUAUACAUGCACUCAACAAAACUGGUCAGGCUAAUGUUGAUCUAAUAGCACUCUACAAAGUCCUGUCAAUCAGUCCAGUGUUGAAUAACAGCACUGUUUAUACAACUGUCAUGCAAGCAAAAGAUGGCAGUGCCUUUAAUACAUGGGUCAGGCAACCUUGAAAGCACCCACCCAUUUAUUAGCUGUCAUCAUAUCAUAAAAACGUCGUGUUCAGGGGGGAUCAUCUUUAUGCUGUAAAAUUUAUCUUUUGAUAUAACAAAUAUGUAGUAAAUGACAAAAGAAAUAACUUGGAUACCUUCCUGUUUUCUAUUGAUCUCUAUUGUUUUAUCACAAAUUUCAUAAAAUAAUUCUAUACCAGUGUAAUAAAAAAAAAUUCCAAAUUUUUCAAAAAUGCUUUCCUUUACAGAAUAAUUCAAAAGAAAAUCAUGUUCACUGGAACCUUGUAACAUUUUAGUUUUCUUGACCCAUUAUUAGCAGAGAUAUAUGUACCUAAACAAAUCAUAUUUUUUAGAUCUCAAAAUUAUGCUCAAAGUAGCAUUGUAACAGACCUAAUCAGCUAGCAUGUCAGCAAAAUUGAUACUCACAGUUGGUUUGAAUUGGGUGGAAAUGUUUAUUACAACUUGUUAGUCAACUAUAGGUCUAUCAACUUUUUUUGUAAGGGGAGGCGAUGGUAACUAUACAUACAGCAUAUAUUGUCAAACUGAAUACAAAGAAUGUAAAUUACUUUAUAAUGCAGAGAGAAUAAAAUCGUUGUUCUUGUUCAUAUG